UCUGUCGCCAUCUUGCCCCUUCUGAGGCACCGCAAACAAACCUAAUUCCUGGUGUCCCCUAGUCUUGGCGGAGGAGCCUUUUAGAUGAGCCCCGAAAGGCCGGGCAGGGAGGACAAGCUCUUUGGGGCUACCAGACAGAAGCAGCAAUGCCUGUUGUGUGGCCAACCCUUUUGGAUCUCAGCAGGGAUGAAUGCAAACGAAUUCUUCGAAAAUUGGAAUUGGAGGCAUAUGCUGGAGUUAUCAGUGCACUUCGUGCACAGGGGGAUCUCACCAAGGAAAAGAAAGAUCUUCUUGGAGAGCUCUCAAAAGUCCUUAGCAUCUCAACAGAACGCCACCGUGCUGAAGUUCGGAGAGCAGUAAACGAUGAACGGUUAACAACAAUUGCACAUAAAAUGAAUUUAUCCUUAUAUUUGGGUGAAAGACCAAGUUACAGUAUGUCUGGACCUAAUAGCUCUUCAGAAUGGUCCAUUGAAGGGCGUAGAUUGGUACCACUGAUGCCCCGGCUGGUUCCCCAGACUGCCUUCACUGUAACAGCAAAUGCUGUGGCCAACGCAGCUGUCCAGCACAAUGCGUCCCUUCCUGUGCCUGCAGAGACAGCCAGCAAAGAAGGUGUCAGCUGUUCAGAUGAAGAUGAAAAACCCAGAAAACGCAGGCGGACAAACUCUUCUGGUUCUUCUCCUGUGGUUCUGAAGGAAGUUCCAAAGGCUGUCGUUCCGGUUUCGAAGACUAUCACUGUGCCUGUGAGUGGCAGUCCCAAGAUGAGCAACAUUAUGCAGAGCAUUGCCAACUCCUUACCGCCCCACAUGUCACCUGUGAAAAUAACUUUCACCAAACCAUCCACACAGACGACAAACACAACCACACAGAAGGUUAUCAUAGUGACCACAUCACCAAGUUCAACCUUCGUGCCCAACAUUCUCUCCAAAUCCCAUAACUAUGCAGCAGUCACUAAGCUUGUACCAACAUCAGUCAUUGCGUCCACAACUCAGAAGCCACCUGUUGUUAUAACUGCAUCACAGUCCUCUCUGGUCACCAGUAGCAGCAGUGGCAACAGCAGUUCCACGCCAUCACCUGUUUCUAGUACAGUUGCAGUGACAGCUGUGGUGUCUUCCACACCGUCUGUGGUCAUGUCAACAGUAGCACAAGGUGUAUCCACAUCAGCAAUCAAAAUGGCAUCGACAAGACUUCCUUCCCCCAAAAGCUUAGUGAGUGCCCCUACCCAGAUUCUCGCACAGUUUCCUAAACAGCAUCAGCAGUCUCCUAAGCAGCAGCUGCAGCAAGUGCAGCAGCAGACACAGCAGCCCGUGGCCCAGCCUUCCUCAGGGUCUCAGCAGCAGCAGCCACAGCAGUCACCGUUGCCACCUGGCAUCAAGCCUACCAUUCAGAUCAAACAGGAGUCAGGUGUUAAAAUCAUCACACAGCAGGUUCAACCAAGUAAAAUCUUACCCAAACCAGUGACUGCAACUCUACCCACCAGUAGCAACUCCCCUAUUAUGGUGGUUAGCAGUAACGGUGCAAUCAUGACAACCAAGCUGGUAACUACUCCUACUGGUACUCAGGCAACCUACACCCGGCCAACAGUGAGCCCAUCCUUAGGUCGAGUAGCCACAACCCCUGGAGCUGCAACCUAUGUGAAAACUACCAGUGGGAGCAUCAUUACUGUAGUACCCAAAUCAUUAGCUACCUUGGGAGGCAAGAUAAUUAGCAGCAAUAUUGUUUCUGGAACGACUACCAAAAUCACUACAAUCCCAAUGACUUCCAAGCCCAAUGUGAUUGUUGUUCAAAAGACCACAGGAAAAGGAACGACCAUUCAAGGCCUCCCUGGCAAAAACGUUGUCACAACAUUGCUAAAUGCUGGAGGAGAAAAGACUCUGCAGACAGUGCCAGCUGGAGCAAAACCAGCUAUCAUUACUGCCACAAGACCCAUCACCAAGAUGAUUGUAACACAGCCCAAAGGACUAGGUUCCACAGUCCAGCCAGCAGCUAAAAUCAUCCCCACAAAAAUUGUCUAUGGACAACAAGGAAAAACGCAGGUUCUCAUUAAACCCAAACCAGUGACAUUUCAAGCUACAGUUGUUAGUGAACAAACAAGGCAGCUGGUAACAGAAACAUUACAGCAAGCAUCCAGGGUCGCAGAGGCCGGUAAUUCAUCUGCUCAGGAAGGAAAAGAAGAACCACAGGGUUACACAGACAGUAGUUCCUCUUCCACGGAGUCCUCCCAGAGUUCCCAAGAUUCCCAGCCUGUAGUUCAUGUAAUUGCUUCCCGGCGUCAGGAUUGGUCAGAACAUGAGAUUGCAAUGGAGACUAGCCCUACCAUAAUAUAUCAGGAUGUAUCCAGUGAAUCACAAUCAGCUACUUCAACAAUCAAAGCUCUGUUAGAACUCCAACAGACAACAGUAAAGGAAAAAUUGGAAUCUAAACCAAGACAACCCACUAUUGACUUGAGUCAAAUGGCAGUACCUAUUCAGAUGACCCAGGAAAAGAGACAUUCUCCUGAGAGUCCAUCCAUUGCUGUGGUAGAGUCAGAACUAGUUGCUGAAUACAUCACCACUGAACGCACUGAUGAGGGGACAGAGAUUACUUUUCCCCUUCUAGUCAGCCAUCGCUCCCAGCCCCAACAGCCUUCCCAGCCCCAGCGGACCCUGCUCCAACAUGUGGCUCAGUCACAGACUGCGACACAGACUUCAGUUGUGGUAAAGUCCAUCCCAGCGUCUUCCCCUGGAGCAAUCACCCACAUUAUGCAACAGGCAUUAAGCAGUCACACUGCUUUUACCAAACACAGUGAGGAACUUGGAACUGAGGAGGGUGAGGUUGAAGAGAUGGACACAUUGGAUCCUCAGACAGGUCUGUUUUACCGAUCUGCCCUGACUCAGUCUCAGUCAGCUAAACAGCAGAAACUUAGCCCCCAGCUGGAGCAAACUCAGCUGCAAGUGAAGACUCUGCAGUGCUUCCAGACCAAGCAGAAACAGACCCUCCACCUGCAGGCAGACCAGCUCCAGCACAAGCUCACGCAGAUGCCCCAGCUCUCCAUCAGACAUCAGAAACUGAGUCCUCUCCAGCAGGAACAAGCACAGCCCAAGCCAGAUGCACCGCACACACAGCAUCCCGUGGUGGCCAAAGACAGGCAGCUUCCUACCUUAAUGGCACAGCCCCCGCAAACUGUAGUACAGGUGCUUGCUGUGAAAACCACGCAGCAGCUCCCUAAACUACAGCAAGCUCCAAACCAACCAAAAAUCUACGUACAACCCCAAACUCCUCAGAGCCAAAUGGCGCUCUCAACGUCAUCAGAGAAACAACCGGCAAGCCAGGUGGAGCAGCCAAUUAUAACCCAAGGAUCCUCUGUUACAAAGAUAACAUUUGAGGGGCGCCAGCCUCCCACAGUUACAAAGAUAUCUGGUGGCAGUUCUGUUCCUAAGCUGACGUCACCAGUUACAAGCAUACCUCCCAUUCAGGCCUCUGAGAAGACAGCAGUGUCAGACAUUUUGCAAAUGUCUUUGAUGGAAGCUCAGAUUGAUACAAAUGUAGAACAUAUGGUAGUGGAUCCCCCAAAGAAGGCUCUAGCCACCAGUGUGCUCGCUGGUGAGGCAGGAGCUUUGCCCUCCACCCACAUGGUGGUGGCAGGGAUGGCGAAAUGUAGAGAGUCCUGUUCAAGUCCAUCUGCUGUUGGCCCUUCCCUAACGACCAGAAAGCUGGAAGCAGCAGGAGUGCCUGCGACAGGCCAGUUCAUGCGUAUUCAGAAUGUAGGCCAAAAGAAAGCUGAAGAGAGCCCAACAGAAAUUAUCAUCCAGGCCAUUCCCCAGUAUGCUAUUCCUUGUCACUCCAGCUCCAACGUGGUCGUAGAGCCCAGUGGGCUUCUUGAGCUAAACAACUUCACCAGUCAGCAGCUGGAUGACGACGAGACGGCCAUGGAGCAGGACGUGGACAGUAGCACGGAGGAUGGGACUGAGCCCAGCCCCUCCCAGAACUCUGCCGACCGCUCCUAGUCUUCAGACACCCGAGUGCACUUUAAAGCCUGCUUGGUUACCAAGUGUCCAGGGAAACUUAGAAAAGCACUUUGCUCGUUUAGGCUGUGGACUUAGAAACACAGCGUUCCAAUAAGACGUUGCUGCAGGAGCAGCAUUUUAACAAGAUAAAACUCACGGAGGAAUGUACUUUUUAAGAAAUAGAGAAAAAGAAAAAAAAAAAAAGGAAAAGGUGCACACCCAUGGAGCCCUGGUGUCCUGCUGAAGCUGGGAGUGGAAAGAGACUUCCUGUGAGUGGGUCCCAGCUGCCUUCCACUGGGCAGAUGCCACCAGAGGAUAUGAAAAGGAAAAGGAGGAAAAUGUGGAGCGUUUGUAUUUUUGAAAUGAUGUAUCUGAACAUUCUUUCAAAAUCAUAUUUGUUUUUGCAUAUCCCUGGAGGUAUUGAUUUGAUUAACAUUUUACAUUUGGUCAGUUCAUGGUUAGUUUAUGGAGACCUAGGGAAGUUCUGGCAUUGACGAGUCCUUGCCAGAGGGUGGACAUCAGACCGCUGACUGGGAAGUGUUUGGGGUAGCUUGUAUAUGCUCCUUGGUUGUAUACUAAUUUAUUGUGGUAUUCCACACUUGCCUAUUUAUUUAAUGUAAAUGUUUCCAAGCAGGCGGAAUCCCUUCUCCUACAUGUCCUAGGAAGCCAGAUCACCUGGCUUUCCUACCUCCCUUCCCCCCUUUAAGAAGAUGGAUUAGAGGAGGUUUGGUCGCAAAGCAAAGGAAAAGACGUGUCUAGCCCAAAGGAAAUGUUGAGCAGUGUCGAGGAGAACGAACUCUGUCGUUCAUGCUCUCUUGACACCCAAGUUGCACACCCAUGUUGGACUGAGACUUUGAGAACAACUUUUACUACUUUUGUUUAAGCCCCUUUGAAAGUGUAUGGAAAAGUUCACUCGCAGAUCUAAAUGUAAUGUUUUUAAGUUUUUACUUUUCUAGGGAGCAGUUUGUUUACGUGCUGUUUUUUGGUCUUGUGAUUGCUGUCUAUCACAAGUUGAGUGAAGGGUAAGGGAUGGGAGGGAAAGAAUUUUGACAAGCUGUGGAAAAAGAAACUAUACUUUUCAUUUUUAAAAAGUGUAAAUAGAAAAGUUUUUAACGGUUUUAUAUGAAUUUCACUAUAAAUAAGCAUUUUAAGACUGACAGAUGUUGAACUGUAUAUACAUUUAUCAGCGUAACUGCCCAGGUUAUUUUGGUGCUGAAGUACUGUAAGUCGAAGUUACCAACUGCCUCCUCAUCUUCGCGUCUCCACCUGGGAAGCAGAGGCUGUGGAAGCCGCAGUGAAUGACUCACACCAGAGCGAGGGCAUCCGUCCCUGAGACACGCCUGCUCUUCUGCCAGGUGAUGGAGCUGUUGGGUAGCAUAUUAUUGUACAGAUUGGUUUCAGCCACUGUGGCUGUUUCUAGCUGAGACAGAAUCUAACCUCUCUCGGGUCAUAGGCAUCUUUAAGAAUGUGACUAAACUAUGAACUCAGUCACCAAAAACAUGCACAUGCCAGUACACACGUUAGAUUUUGCAUACAAUUUUCGGGGCUUGUGGGCUCCCAAGAGCAUCCGUGUAUUCCAGGUUCAACCCUCUGUUAUAGUCAAUCCAUUGCUUACAGGUGUAAGUUUUUAUAAAAUAAAAUGCCUUUUGAAUUCACGUGGA